AAGAAUAAAGAAAGGGAGGACAGGCGUGAAAGCUCUUUCAGAUAAAUCCCUUCUCUUUGCUUACUUAUUUUGGGUUUCUCUCUCUAGAAAUUGCAGAGAGAGUAGCGUGUGUAAUGUAGAGAGAGAGUGACACAACACAGAUAUGUUAGAAAGACUAUUCUCCAUCUUCAUCUUCUUGUCUUCUUGAAGAUAAUGAAUAGAGUCUCUUACAUCCUCUUCUCACAGGAAGACGAAGAAGAAGAAGAUGGUGUCGAAGAAACAACAAAAUGCGUGUCCCCAAAACCCUAUCUUUGCUAUUGAUGAUGUCCUUUUGUGUGAUGAACAAGAACAAGAUUUCGAUUUUGGAUAUGGGUUUGGUUUUGGUUUAUCAGACCAAGAAAAUCAAGUCUUGAAGGAAAAAGAUCCCCACUUUACCCAUUUCCAACAGCAUCUUUUGUGGGAAGAAGAUGAGCUUUCGUCUCUUUUAUCCAAAGAGAAAAAUACCCAUUUAGGGGAACUCGAUUUGAUCUGCGAUGAGUCUUUAAGGGUUCUGAGAAAAGAGUCUGUUGAUUGGAUGAUUAGAGUCGGUACCCAUUACGGAUUUGUUACUUUGACCACCAUUUUAGCUGUUAAUUACUUCGAUAGGUUCUUGAUGACCCCUUCUUUUCAGAGGGAUAAGCCAUGGAUGAAUCAGCUAGUUGCUGUUGCUUGUCUUUCUUUAGCUUCUAAAGUUGAAGAGAUCCAAGCCCCACUUUUGUUGGACUUGCAAAUGGAAGGAUCAAAAUUUGUGUUUGAGUCCAAGACCAUUAUGAAGAUGGAACUUUUGGUGCUAUCUUCUCUUCAAUGGAAGAUGAAUCCUGUAACCCCUCUUGCAUUCUUUGAUUACAUCAUGCGUAGGCUUAAUUUAAUGAUUCAUAAUCUACAUUAUGAGUUCCUGCGGAGAUGUGAACGAAUUCUUCUAUCUGUUAUCAAUGAUUCAAGGUUUCAGGGGUUUCCUCCAUCUGUGAUGGCUGCUGCUAUAAUGUGCAUUGUUAGCAAGGAGAUUGAGCCCGAGAACGUAUUCGAUUACCGAAAUCAGCUUAUGAAUCUCCUCAAAAUUAGUGAGGAAAACUUAGAUGGGUGUUCGAAAUUCAUCCUGGAUGUAUCUAAUAAUCAUGGAACUAGCUAUUCCCAAACUCACAAGCGAAAGUACCAUUCUGUCCCUGGAAGUCCGAAUGGUGUAGUUGAUGCCUAUUUCAGCAGCGAUAACUCUAACAAUUCGUGGGCAAUUGCAUCAUCAGUUUCAUCUUCACCAGAAGCUACGUUCAAGAAGAAUCGAGCUCAAGAGCAGCAGAUGAGAUUGGCGCCAGUGAACCGUGUUUCCAUCAGUGUUCUUGGCAACCCCCAUUGAAUUCGGAUUAAACCGCUAUUUUAUAGUAUGGUAAUUUAAUUUACAAUCUCUUCUUGGAUAUUUAUUUUGACAGAGUAUGUUGUUAUGGUGCAAUUACAUUGCUACCCUUUUAUCUAUAACUCUGUUUCUGGUCAAACCCAUGUGCUGGAAAACACAUAUUUCUACAUUUGCUCCAACUAUGAACAUCUCUUUCGAUCUA